CCCGAGCCUCUCCAGCCCGGCCCCGCGGGUAUCCCUGGGAAGAACUGUCCAGCAGGCAGCGGGAUGUGGAACGAGACGCCGAGCCAGGCGAGCGAGUCCAACUUGAGCCUGGACUAUCCCGACGAAGCUCUCAACGGCUCCCGGGCGGACCAGCUGCCCCCCUUCCCCGGAGCCCUGCUCACCGGGGUCACGGUCACCUGCGUGGCCCUCUUUUUCAUUGGCAUCUCGGGCAACCUCAUGACCAUGCUGGUGGUGUCCCGGUUCCGGGACAUGCGGACCACCACCAACCUCUACCUGUCCAGCAUGGCGCUGUCCGACCUGCUGAUCUUCCUCUGCAUGCCCCUGGACCUGUUCCGCCUGUGGCAGUACCGGCCCUGGAACUUGGGCGACUUUCUCUGCAAACUCUUCCAGUUCAUCAGCGAGAGCUGCACCUACUCCACCAUCCUCAACAUCACGGCGCUCAGCAUCGAGAGGUAUUUCGCCAUCUGCUUCCCCCUCAGGGCCAAGGUGGUGAUCACCAAGGGCAAGGUGAAGCUGAUCAUCCUGGUCAUCUGGGCCGUGGCCUUCUUCAGCGCCGGCCCCAUCUUCGUCCUGGUGGGUGUGGAGCACGAGAACGGGACCGACCCCCUGGACACCAACGAGUGCCGGCCCACGGAGUUCGCCAUCCGCUCGGGGAUGCUCACCAUCAUGGUCUGGAUCUCCAGCAUCUUCUUCUUUCUCCCCGUCUUCUGUCUGACUGUGCUUUACAGCCUCAUUGGAAGAAAACUGUGGAGGAGGAAGAGAGAGGACGUGGGACUGAGCGCUUCUAUCCGGGAUAACAACCACAAACAAACUGUCAAAAUGUUAGCCAUGGUGGUGUUCGCUUUUGUCCUCUGUUGGCUGCCAUUUCAUGUGGGACGCUACUUAUUCUCCAAAUCCUUCGAACCUGGCUCUGUGGAGAUUGCGAUGAUUAGCCAGUAUUGCAACCUGUUCUCCUUUGUUCUCUUCUAUCUUAGCGCAGCCAUCAACCCCAUCCUUUAUAACAUCAUGUCCAAGAAAUACCGCGUGGCUGUCUUCAGGCUCUGGGGGCUUGGCCAAUUCUCCCAGAGGAAGUUGUCUACUAUAAAAGAUGACAGUUCUCGGGCAUGGACAGAAUUGAGUAUCAAUACAUGAUCAAAAUAAAUUUAUGAGCAAAACA